GGCUGGCCAUCCGUCUGAUCGCGAUCCGACGGGGCCACCGCCCCCGCGGCCGCCCGCCCUCGACAGCACGUUGACUCGUCGAGGCGGAGGGAGACCUAGAAAUGCCGCCCUCCUCCCCCAAAUCCGCCAUUGGCGAGCUCCUGCAACCCCCGAAAAGCUGUAACAGGUCGCGAUGGCUGUCCCAAGAGGGUCUUUGGAUCUCCGGUUACUCCGAAUGCUGGGUCUUGUUUGCGCCUUGUAUCAGAUAUUUUUUGUUCGGUCAACGGCGGCUCAAACUGCACAGCUGAGUGUGGAUGCUUCACCUCAGAAUAUUCAGAUGAUCCCUGAAAAUAUGUUUGGCAUAUUUUUUGAGGAGAUUAACCAUGCUGGGGCUGGCGGGUUGUGGGCAGAACUUGUAAACAAUAGAGGUUUUGAAGCCGGUGGUCUUAAUACUCCUUCAAACAUUGAUCCAUGGAUGAUAAUUGGAGAUGAAUCCAAUAUCAUCGUGGCAACCGAUCGCUCAUCCUGUUUUCCAACUAAUCCAAUUGCACUUCGGAUGGAAGUACUCUGUGAAUCUAGUGGAACUAAUGUCUGCCCACCAGAAGGUGUUGGCAUCUAUAAUCCGGGUUUCUGGGGCAUGAAUAUUGAGGAAGCAAAGGUUUAUAAAGUUAGCAUGUACAUAAGGUCAUCAGACUCCGUGGAUCUGACAGCUUCUUUGACAAGCUCAGAUGGUCUUCAAAAUCUAGCUUCUCAUACCAUCAUUGCUGAUAGAGAAGAUUUUAAAGAGUGGACGAAGGUUGAGUUUGAUCUGCAAUCAAGUGAAAGCUAUUCUAAUUCACGGCUUCAGCUUACGACCAGCAAAAGUGGAAUAGUUUGGUUUGAUCAAGUAUCACUUAUGCCAUCUGAUACUUACAUGGGGCAUGGCUAUCGUAAAGAUCUUGCCUCUAUGCUGGCAAAUCUAAAUCCUAAAUUUUUGAAAUUCCCAGGUGGAAACUAUGUCAUGGGAAAUUAUCUUUUAAAUGCAUUUCGCUGGAGUGAAACUGUUGGACCCUGGGAGGAGAGGCCCGGUCAUUUCAAUGAUGUUUGGGGAUACUGGACUGAUGAUGGACUUGGAUUGUUUGAGUUUCUUCAAUUAGCAGAAGACAUCGGUGCUUCCCCAGUUUGGGUGGUCAAUGAUGGUGCUAGUCGAUAUGAACAAAUACCACCUGCAACGAUAGCUGCUUUUGUAAAGGAUGUUGUUGACGGUAUUGAGUUUGCCAGGGGAGACCCUGGGACUACAUGGGGUUCAGUUCGUGCAGCAAUGGGACAUCCAGAGCCCUUUCAGCUUAAUUAUAUUUCUAUGGGGAAUCAAGAAUGCUCAAUGCACUACUAUAAAGAGAACUACCGCAAGUUCUAUUCUGCAAUAAAAGCAUCCUACCCAGAUAUCAAGAUCAUAUCAAGCUGUGAUAGAUCUACCAUUUCACCAAAUGAACCUGCUGAUCUAUAUGAUGUUCAUGUCUAUACCUCAUCUGGGGAUAUGUUUUACAAAUCUAGCAUGUUUGACAGCACACCCCGGGGUGGACCCAAGGCAAUUGUUAGUGAAUAUGCUGUGACUGGAAAUGAUGCUGGCCGAGGAACACUAGUAGCUGCUCUAGCAGAAGCUGCAUUUCUUAUUGGAUUAGAAAGAAACAGCGACGUGGUUGAAAUGGCAAGUUGCGCUCCACUCUUUGUAAAUGACAACGAUCGUAGGUGGAGUCCAGAUGCCAUAGUCUUUAACUCGUGGCAACACUACGGAUGUCCAAACUACUGGAUGUUACACUUCUUCAAGGACUCAAGUGGUGCAGCACUUCAUCCCUCUACCAUUCAAGUAUCAAAUUAUAACCAAUUGGUCGCAUCCUCUAUCACUUGGAAGAAUUCUAAAGACGGAAAUACUUACCUGAAAAUAAAGGUUCUCAAUUUUGGCAACCAAGUUGUAGAUCUUAGCAUAUCUAUAACUGGGCUGGAGAAUGACAUUCAGGCAUUUGGAUCCGUAAAGACGGUACUCGCAUCCGGUUCUCUACGGGAUGAGAACUCCUUCCAACAGCCAGACAAGGUGGUGCCCGUGGAAAGCCCGAUAACCAAUGCGAGAAAGCAGAUGAGUCUUGUCCUGGAUCCAUACUCCCUCACCUCAAUCGAUCUCCUCUUGGACGCGAGCACGAAGAUGCAUUCACUCUUGGAUUCGAACUUGCAUUCAAGUAUGUGAAUAAAAGAAGGAAUGUGAUGACGACAGAGCCUUUCAAUGGCUUGACGAUCUGGAUUAAAACCUUCUGAACAUAUGUACCAUGUUUUAUCGUUUAUCACGUGAAUGAUGAAUGAAAAAAUGGAGGCUGGGUGCUUCUUCGAUCGAAAAA